ACCCAAACUCACGCAUUGAGUCCAUCGCAGGACACGGAAGACAAGAGCCACACAAAUGGCAAUCAACUCAAGGAUUGCAUCGAUUCCACCAAAAUAUUUGUCAUUAGUUUUGGAUCUCUUUUCUUACGGUUGGGAAGAGUUUGUGAUCCGAAGCCGAAGACUAUUCAUAACAUAAUCGCCAGAAAGAAGCGCUCGAAUCGGUGGCAGACAUCGGAUGAGACAUAUCUGUUGCCAUUGAAUGGUAUCAACAAAGAGACCGAAAAAAGUCUAAAUGAAUGCCAAAAGUCGGUCACAAAUACUCUCAACUCAUGUCUUACGUCUUCGGGGCGAUUGAGAACCGCUUCAAAUAGUGAUGUUAUCAUAGAUUUCAACAAAAGAUCAAAACCUAUAGUUUUAUCAAAGAGUACACCAAAUAUGAAACAAUGGACUCAAUUGAUAGACAAUGAAGAGGUGGUUAUCGGCGAAGACGUCAUAUACCUAAAGCCGGGACAACCCUAUCAUAUCCGACGGCCCAUCAGAAGAGGUGUCCUCAAUGUGAACAACCGUUUGGGCGCCGUUUGCGCCACAUUUGGUGCCGGACUCUCGAGUGCUUGUGUUGUGGACGUCGGACACGAAAAGACAAGCAUUUGUUGUAUUGAAGACGGGUUCGGUUCAAGGAAUACACGCCUGACUCUAGAUUACGGCGGAAGUGAUAUAACACAACUGUUUCACCACUUAUUAAAGCAAAAAGCCUUUCCCUAUGACUGUAAAGCCGACACACGAAUCGGUGCUUUAUUUCUGGAAGAAUUGAAGCAAAAGUUAUGUCAUUUGAAUUUCGAUGUUUGCGGUCAUCAGGAGAAACAUUUUCGAGUUACUGUUCCCGAAGAGCCAGUACUUGACUAUACAAUACUUGUUGGCGAAGAAUGCCUUUUGGCGCCAUUAGCUCUCUUUCACCCGGAAUUGUUUGCAUUGACUAUGAGUUUAGGGAAACGAAUGCGAAUUCUGGGCCGAAAUGAUGGUCACUCUGAAGACCCGUUCGAUGAGAACUAUUUGAUUCAAACAAAGAGGAAAUACGGAGAAAGUAAUGACAGUUUC